CAAAUUGAAGUAAUGUAAAUGGUGGCGAUUGAAGCAGUUUUAUUUUAUUUUGGAAUUUGAAUCAAACCUUAUCAUACCUCUCUGUGAAUCAAACCAUUUGGCGUGUAAUGGGUUUGGUUCCUAGUGUAUAUCAUAUUGCAUAGAAUAUUUCUAUAUAAGUGGCGUUGCAUGAUUUGGUUCGCCAAAUGUCUACAAAGAACUAGAAUAGUAGAAUGGAGCGUUUUCCUCUGAAGUCCUCUGUAUCUAAAGCUGGUACAACAUAUCAAUCAGUCUACAAAAAGGGUACGAGCGCAGGCAACGGGCGCGGUGGGGUCACGCCGGAGGACGACAUGGUAGAGAUCGCGCCGGGCGACGCCACGCCCACCAGCCACGGCACCUUCCAGCUGUACGAGCACAGCGGCAGGAACAACAGCAACGCCAGCGCCAACUGGGACGCCGUUAUAUUUUCCGGAAUGCAAGGUGAUGCAGAUGACAUCCCUGGUAUUGGGCAGUAUGAUGACUUCCACACUAUAGACUGGCAGCGCGACAUCGCCCGGGAUCGCAUGCGACACCGGUACAUCGUAAAGAAACGACAGGACUCCAUAUGGGACCUCAUCAAGGGAGCCCACGACGCGUGGUCGGGCUGGGUGUGCGUGCUACUGGUAGGCGUGUGCACCGGCGUGGUGGCCGGCGUCAUCGACAUCGGCGCCUCGUGGAUGACAGACCUGAAGUUCGGCAUCUGCCCGCAGGCUUUCUGGUUCAACCGCGAGCAGUGCUGCUGGUCUAACGAUGAGAUCACCUUUGACCACACCAACUGCUCCCAGUGGUUGACGUGGCCGCAAGUGUUCGGCGAGUCGCGCGACGGCGCGGGCGCGUACAUCGUCAGCUACCUGUUCUACAUUGUGUGGGCGCUACUGUUCGCCGCUCUGUCCGCGUCGCUGGUGCGCAUGUUCGCGCCCUACGCUUGCGGAUCAGGUAUACCGGAGAUCAAGACGAUUCUGAGCGGUUUCAUUAUCCGUGGCUAUUUGGGCAAGUGGACUCUGAUCAUCAAGGUCGUGGGGCUCAUCUUGUCGGUGUCCUCGGGGCUAUCUCUUGGGAAAGAAGGUCCCAUGGUCCACAUAGCCAGUUGCUUAGGCAACAUCCUAUCGUACUUGUUCCCCAAGUACGGCCGCAACGAGGCAAAGAAGAGAGAGAUCCUGUCGGCCGCAGCGGCCGCCGGCGUCUCUGUUGCAUUCGGCGCUCCCAUCGGCGGAGUGCUCUUUAGUCUUGAGGAGGUCUCGUACUACUUCCCGCUGAAGACUCUGUGGCGGUCUUUCUUCUGCGCGCUGAUAGCUGCAUUCAUCCUGCGCUCCAUCAACCCGUUCGGCAACGAGCACUCGGUGCUGUUCUUUGUAGAGUACAACAAGCCAUGGAUCUUCUUCGAGCUGAUCCCAUUCAUAGGGCUGGGGAUAAUCGGGGGCGUGAUCGCGACGAUCUUCAUCAAGGCCAACAUCUACUGGUGCCGGUACCGCAAGUACUCCAAGCUGGGCCAGUACCCGGUCACCGAGGUGCUGGUGGUGACGCUGAUCACGGCCGUCAUCGCGUACCCCAACCCCUACACGCGCAUGAACACCAGCCAGCUCAUCUACCUGCUGUUCAACCAGUGCGGGAUAUCCAACUCCGACCCCCUGUGCCGUUACAACCGCAACUUCACGGGCGUGAACACUGCCAUCGAGCGGGCGGCCGCCACCAGCGAGGUGUACAACGCCAUGGGCCUGCUGUUCCUGGCGCUGCUGCUGAAGCUGGUCAUGACGGUGUUCACCUUCGGCAUCAAGGUGCCCUGCGGCCUCUUCAUCCCGAGUUUGGCCUUGGGCGCGAUCGCUGGCCGGAUCGUGGGGAUCGGGAUGGAGCAGUUGGCGUACACUUACCAGAACAUCUGGAUUUUUUCGGGCGAGUGUUCCACCGGGGACGACUGCAUCACGCCGGGCCUUUACGCUAUGGUGGGCGCGGCCGCCGUGCUGGGUGGCGUGACGCGGAUGACGGUGUCGCUGGUGGUGAUAAUGUUCGAGCUGACGGGCGGCGUGCGGUACAUCGUGCCGCUGAUGGCGGCCGCCAUGGCUUCCAAGUGGGUGGGCGACGCGCUGGGCCGGCAGGGCAUCUACGACGCGCACAUCGCGCUCAACGGGUACCCCUUCCUCGACAGCAAGGAUGAGUUCCAGCACACGUCGCUCGCGGCCGACGUCAUGCAGCCCAAGCGCAACGAGAGCCUGGCAGUCAUCACGCAGGACUCGAUGACGGUGGACGACGUGGAGACGCUGCUGAAGGAAACGGAACACAACGGGUACCCGGUGGUGGUCUCCAAAGAGUCCCAGUACCUCGUCGGCUUCGUGCUGCGUAGGGAUCUCAACUUGGCAAUAGCGAACGCUCGGCGCACCCUGGACGGCAUCACGGGGCAGACGGUGGUGGUGUUCGCGGGGCCGGCCACCCCGGGCACGCUGCCGCUCAACCGCAUCCUCGACAUGGCGCCCAUCACCGUCACCGACCAGACGCCCAUGGAGACCGUCGUCGACAUGUUCCGCAAGCUCGGCCUGCGCCAGACGCUCGUCACGCACAACGGGCGCCUACUCGGAGUUAUAACGAAGAAGGACGUCUUGAGGCAUGUGAAGCAGAUGGAUAACGAAGAUCCAAAUUCCGUGUUAUUUAACUAACUGGUGAAUGUUCCGGUUAGCGAUAACGUAGCAUUAGUUUUAGGCAAGUCGGGCUCGGAGCCCUUUGUGUUUGUAUUAUUCAGUGGAAAGGUAAUAUUUUAAAUUGCCAAAACAGAAAACAGAAAUCAGAAAUAAACUGUUACAUUGUUAUUAUUAUAAUGUCACAACAAAAAGAGUCGAAGUAAUAAAUUAAUUCAACAUAAAUAAAUUUUGUGAUUGUAUUAUAUUCAAAAGUAUGUUAAAUUUUUACCACUUUUAUCCCACUUUUUAACACUUUUAUUUUGAUGUUAUUUUUUUUAAGGUUUUUGAUGAAAUUAUAACUGGACUGCUACGGUAGACCUAAAAUGCGUGCCGACAAAUCUAAAGACGAGACAAAGACGAACGUGGAGCAAUAGCUCCUGUGUGUGUGUGUGUGUGUAGGCCUACUGGAGUAGAAACACAGUUGUAUGACUUUUGUUGUGAGUGAUCAAAAUUUUUUUAAGAAUCAGAACUAUUUAUAGUAUAUUUUAGAAUAAAAAAUAUGUGUAUAAUAAUCAAAUUAAUUUUACAUUUAUUUAUUUAAUUUAAUUUACAAUUCAUUUUACAAUCAAUUUACUGCAUAAUUUUACAAUUAAUUAUUUUAAUUUAUCUUGUCAUUAAAUGAUACUUUAAACUUCCUUAGCAUAUUUUCUAGGUUAAAAAGCAAUAAUAAUUGCUUUUCCACUGAAUAUUGAGGAAGAUAAUUUUAUAAAAUGACAUAAUCUAUUUGUUGUAUUACAUAUUUGUAUAUUGUGUUUGUAGCAACUAAACGUAAACGUAACGAAUGAGACAUAUGUAAAAUGACCAUCACUUUUAAUUUAUAAUGUACUAACAUUUAUAAUUUAACCAAUAUAUUUUAGAGUGCAUUGUUCAUAUAUAUUUUAAUGUUGUCCAUCGAUUAUCAAGUCCUAAUGUUAUAUAUAGGAAAUCAGGUGUAAACAUUUGUAAGUAUUUAUCAUAGUCGUGUAAGCUUAUAAUAUUUUAAUAAUCGUAUUAUAUUUUAAGCUGUAAUUAUUAUUUUUAAUGAAUUAAUUUAAAUAAUGAAUUUCAGUUUUAAUAAUGAUUUAUUUAAAUAUUGAUUUUUUUGCAUUAAUAAAUUAAUAAUGCCAGUUUUAUUACUUGAUAUAGAUAUACUGUUUUCGGAACACAGUUUGUCUUCGAAUGUAGUGGUAAGUAAGCCUUACGACAACACAUCUCGUGAAGGUAUUAUCUCUCAUCCUACCAGACCUGAUCUUAACAGAUGAGAAACCUAUUGACUCAUAAAAAACUUCAACCCUUAUUUAAACUUAUAGGGAUGAAUUUCCAAAGUUUUGCCUUAUAUUUAACCUUUUAUUUUCGAAGUUUUUUUUAUGUAGACCAUUUUUCACAAAUAUAACUUGAAAAAUGGAUGAUUUUUAUUUUUAGAUAAACUUAGACGUUAAUGGUUCAAUAUUAAAAGUUCUUGAAUGACAUUACAUUUCCUAUUUUUUUCCCGUUUUAUGUAAAAAAAAUUAUAACUAUAAAUUUAAAAAUGUAGGUCUUUCCAUACAUACUUUCAACCCCUAUUCCUUCCCUUCUUUUAUAUUUUUGAGAAAAGUGUUCUGCUCCAAGGUCCCAUUUAUCAUAAUACCAAAAUUCUUCUUGAUCAGUUAGCCAGUUAACCGUGAAAAUGUAACAGACAGACAGUCUUCCUUUGGCAUUUAUAAUAUUAGUACGGAUUAUGCUUUAUUGUUGAUAUCCUGUAUAACUAAAUAAUUCAACAAUGCAAUCAUAUGCGUGUUUGUUAUGCUGACGUUCCUUUAGUACCACACAAACGCGUGUGUGUAAGCUAAUCGUUCUGUCUUACAAGCUUACAACUACAUCUGGAACCAAAACGAGUUCGGGAAAUAGAAUAUCUGAAUAUUGUUAUAUGCAUCUUACACAAUCUUUUUCAUAUUGGUAAUAUUUUUUAAUAACUUUAACUACGCUUUUAAUUUGUUUUUAACAAUCUGUGUUACGUAGAACACCAGACUAUUUUACUAUUACUGAUGAGUUAUGAGGUGCCUUCAAACUUGUGAUGUGUCUUGAUGUCUGAAGAAACACUAUGCUAUAAUAUACACUGGGCUAUAAUCCAAAAGCCAAAACCAUUGAUAAAAUAAAAACCCGAACGUCACUUUUUCACUAAUAUUGAAUUUCCCAUACACUUUUUUUAAGCACUUUGAUUUAAUUAAAUAUGAAUAUUUUGAGUAUGAAUUCAAAGAAAAAUAUCUGGCCUUAACUCGAAUCACAUGUACGAGUAUUUGUAAAUUUAAUAUAAUACGUUACUUUAAUAUGACUAAGGCGGAAUCUAUUUAGUUUAUGUUAUAUAGUCGAAGAGUGAUCCAAGUCAACAAAAUUAUACUUUGUAACUAGAUAAGUCGGUCAUUAUUAACCAACUUCAAAAAAAAGAGGAGGUCUCAAUUCGACGCGUAUGUAUUUUUUUUUAUAGUUGUGUUAUACUCGUAUGGUUGCACUCACUUAGUACCAGGUUCCCUAGGAAUGUGACGAUAGAAGUAGCCAAUAAUAUGCCCCAGUCAUCCUAUCUACUUCAUUUUGAAACACAGUCAGAAAAAAAAUAUUUUUGUUGGAUUUUGUUUAGUUAUCUAUCAGUUAGAUAAGGUUUUAUGUUACGAAAAUAUUUUUAUGUAAAUAUGAGUGUACAGAUAAAAUUCGUUUUUAUACGGUUUCAACUUUUUUAAAUGCCUUAAUGUGCAUAUAAAUAUAUUCACUAUAACUAUGAUAAUGAGUUGCAUAUGAUAUUUCAACUAAACUUUUUUUUUAUAUUUUGUAAUGGUUGCACAUGGGUCUGAUUAAAUACGGUACUAGGUUUGAACUAUUUUCCACACCAAACCUUUGAAUAUAGCUUUAUUAGCAAAUGUGUGUCACUAUAUUUUCAUUAUAUACCUAUUGAUAUUUAUUUUGAAAGUAGUCAUAGUGAAGUACUGGUAGUUAUGAGACACAAAUAUAUUAUUCUGAGUUAAUUUUAAUAUCUAUCGGCAGCUUUCCGAGAGGCAAUACAUUUGCAUAAUGCGUAUUUUACCUAGAUAAUUAUUAAUGUAGAAUAAUUUAUUUAGUACAAUCUUUACUUUUUUUCAAUUCUAUUUUUACAAUGAAUAUGCUAUAUAAUUAAUUUCGGCAUAUUAUAAGCGAUCUUUCAUGCAUUAUCGAUUUUGCAAUAAAAAUUCUAAACAAUGUGUUUGUUGAAUGUAUUUAUUUUUCAUGAAUAGAUAAAAUAGCUUGUUGAAUGUUGAUGUAUAUUACGGAAACUGAUUGGCUGAGGUGUUGUGUGUUCUAUGUUUUUAUUAUUAUUUAUUUCAUAUCCUGCCUUGUACCGCACACACCACUUGUUAGCAUCAUAUUUGAUAACACAUAUUCAAUAAUACUGCGGUGUUCAUUAAGUACUGAGAAUGACUAAGAUGCAGUUAUCUUUUAUUAAAUGCUAUGUUGUCACCUUUUAAGAGUUUACACUUGGCAUCUUUUUUUUUAUUACAUGAAAAUUUUCGAAAAAAGUCUUCGUCUUGAUCCCUUGAAAAAUAGUGUACAGCAACGAUCUCUGCGUCAUCAUUAUCAUCAAAUUUCUAACCUCUCAGGUGCUCUUUUAGCCGCAGAUAUAGAUAAAAAACACUAGGAGCGAGGUUCGGUGAAUACGGAGGGUGCUCUAUCUAUUCAAAGCCAGCAUCUUCAAUGGCAGAAAUCGCAACUUUGGACUUGUGCGCAGCGUCGUUAUCUUGGUGAAACAAAAGAACUUUUGCUAGUUUUCCACGCCGUUUUUCGCGUAUUUUAUCACGCAUUUUUUCAUUUGUUCUGCAUAUAAAGACCCCGUAAUAGUGGGUUCAUGUCAGUAUUCGAUCAUUACUACCUCUUGGCUAUCCCAGAAAAGAGCGCCCAUAAUUUUUAUUAUGGGCGCUCUUUUCUGGGAUGAGCCCAUAAUUGGAAUUGCCUUAAAUUUGUUAGGAGUUGGAGAUGACGGUCUCUUGCAUGGACUGUUGUUUCGUUUCAGGUUUCAUCCAUAUUUAUGAAACGAGCCAAAAAGUGAUCAGGAUCUUGCAACAUACCUAAAUUGCUUUGUGAAAUUUUUAGUCUGGUUUGUUUCUGCUCGUCCGUAAGUACUCGCAUUCUAGGCACCCCGCGCGUUGACACACAGCCCAAAUGGUCUUAUAUUAUGGAUACUCCCUAUCGAAAUUUUUACUUCAACAGCCAUAAAACAAACUGUAACACGAAGAACGAAUAAAUUAUUAACUUUUUUAACCAUUCGUUCUAUUAUUGUAGUCGUAGGGUCCCGAGCGUGGGUCGUCACUGGUGGAAGUUCUUCCUUGCUUGAACUCAGCACACCAACGUGCAAUAUAAUAUUAUAAAGCUGAAGAGUUUGUUUCUUUGAUUGAACGCGCUAAUCUCAAGAAGAAGACAAAAAAAAAUCUUUUAGUGUUAGAUAGCCCAUUUAUCGAGGAAGGCUAUAGGCUAUAUAAUAUCCCAAUAUUCCUACAGGAACGAGAACCACGCGGGUGAAACCGCGCGGCGUCAGCUAGUUGUAGAAUAAGGAGGCCUUUACAUCUAAUGUUUCCGUACUGAAAAUUUUCAUGCACAGUUAUUUAAUUACCCUACGAACUUUCUUUCUUGUUUUCUUCUGAGUGACUAUAUUCGAAAAAAAAUCGAAGACUUUGUUUUAUAGUGCACAUAUCUGUAUAUGUGAACUAUAUUUACCAAUAUUUACAUUUUUUCUUACCAAGAAAUAUAUAUCAGGAACUAUUGGUUCUAAUCGAACCAGUAGUUCCUGAGUUUAGCGCGUUUAAUCAAACAAACAAACAAACUCUUCAGCUUUAAGAUAUUAGUAUAGAUUCUCAUUAUUUAUUGAACACCCCACGUAUACGAGUACAUCAAGUGCAUAUCACAGUUCUACCAUAUUGGUCCAGUGGUUGUGUGGCUACGGAUCACGAGAUCCUGGGUUAGAGUCAUUUGAUAUGAAGUAACUCGUUUCUUUGUUCUAAGUAAUUUUCAGUAUAAUUGCUCAUGGUGGGGAAAGCACGAAGCCAAGCCGGAUAGAACGUUAAGCCGUUACGUUAUGGGGGCGCCUAGUCUGCUAUAGCUUGGCCAAUUUGUUGAUGACACUCCCAUGAUAUGCGGGCGACGGGGCGGGAAGGACUGCGCGGGUGUGAAGUUGUGCGCGCGGGGCAUAGGGAAGGAAUGCGCGGGUAUGAAGUCGAACGCGCGGGGGAAUCGCUACCCCCUCCCGUCCCGGUAUAUUUUUUUGGUCAGGCUAUCCAAAAAGUGUCAAAGGGGGCUUCUCUUCAAGGGGUCCUCGUGAGUGAAGUAAGUAUGUGUGUGGCGAGAGAGUUCUUUUAUUAUAAAACACAUUACUAUAUUAAUGAAUAUGUCGGACUAUUAUGUUUUGCUAACAUUGUUUUGUCGUUGUUUGUUAAAAUUGUAGACAAGCGAGCUGUUAUAUCAAUACACAAUAAAUAUAGGCUUAUUAAUACACGUUCUUAUGUUGAGUCGUUUACUUGAUACAAGCAAUUUUAUACGCCUUUAAAAAUAUUGUUAUAGUAAACUUUAUUUACUGUUUAAAUAUAAAUAUGGAGUAAGCAUACAAUGCACACUGUACCCAGCCAAACCAAGUGGGUGUGGCGGGUAAACAGAUGACAUAACAAAUAUAUCGGCUGACGUUUAUUGAUACCUUGCAUGUAUAAUUUUAUGAAAUCGCUAUAUAUUAUUAUAACUAAUCGUUGAUCUUCCCUCGGUGUGAUUUUAUAAUUUUAAUUUCAUCUUCCAGUUUAUUAAUGUUUGUAAUUUUGUAAUGUACAUAUUUCGGAAUAGCAUAAUAUUGAAACCUGCAAUAUGUUCACUAAAGAAGCUCUAUACUUAGCAUGUAGAUAUACAAACAAACGUAGUGUUAUCGAUGUGUCUAAAGUUAACGUCAUCUCAAUAGAAAUAAAAAUAGUAAUUUUUGCACGUUGUUGUGCGUAAACUAGGAUCAAAAGCAUUUUUUUACCAAUUUAUUAACGCGGAAAGUAGUUUCUCUUCAUUUAUAUAUUUUUUAGAUUAAAAAGCAGCUCAGUGUAAUAAAGUUUUCUUAGAGUAUAAAAAAAGUAUUUAAGUAAACCGAUAUUCAUAUUGAAUUCCUUAAAAUAAUAUUUUUCAUAUUUUAAACAAACUAAUGUAAUGAAACAGAAUAUACGAGCAGGGUGAGCGGCAGCUUAGCAAAAUGUGCAAUCACUCAUGUGAUUUAUCCUUCCCAUAAACAGUUUUACGAUUUACUUGUACAAGUUUUAACUAUACAGAUAUUUUGAACGUAUUAUAGUCGUGUUAAUGAUCGAGUUUUGCUUAUUAACGAAAAUAUCCAAUAACCUGCACGUUAGUCUGUGGUUGCUCGCACGUUGCCGCUAGAGAUAUAUUUUUUUUUACCAUGAAAUACCUCUUCAUCUUCUGAGCUCCUGUGUCACUCGAAUUUUACCUUUUAAUUUACUUAAAUUCGAACAAAUUACUUUAACAGGUACAAAAUUAAUUCAAAUAAUAUCCUCAAAAUAUGUUCGGGGUAGGUUUAGGGUCUAAAAGUUACAGCGUGCAAUUUAAAAGUUUUUGCCAUAGCUACUUCUAACACAGACUUUAUAAUUGGAUAGGUCUUCGUGUUUUUAAAAGCUUCAAUGGAUUUCAAAAACGAUAUUUGUAGCAACGUGCGAUCAAUUUAUAGUACCGCAGCUGAGCUGUAUGCAAGGCAUCUACCGCAAACUAUGGACUGAACCAGUGUUUAGAGAUGUAAAUAUACUUAGCGAUUAUUAUUAUCAUAAGACAGCUUGUUUUAACUGUACCAGCAUGAAAAAGUCUUUUUGUGAAAACAAUUGAGCUGUCCUGAAUGAAUAAUUUUUAUAGUCAUCGACUCGUGAUUUUAUAUCAUUAUAUCGCAAGAGAAAAGAAGUUUUUAAAAUUAAACCUAAAACGAUUAAAAAAUGUUUCAUAUAUUGAUUUUCAAUGUCCAUGUAUAUGAGCGCUAUCACCUGCACAUACAAUCAAAAUAUGGAACGUAAUUAAUUGAGGCAAUUCAGUUUUUGCAUACACAUUUUUGAAUUGAUUGAAAUUUCACUGUAAAAAUCGCGUAGAUGUUCAUUUCCCUCACACUAUAAGGACACGGUACUCCCAACCUUUCAUAUUUAAAAAAAACGGCGAGUCGGACUCGCCCACCGAGGGAUCCGUACGUAUUUAGUUUUAAAAUGUAAUAGUAGUUUUGAGAUUUUUGUCAAAUUUUAUAGUUGUAGGUCAACGGAAAGUACCCUAUGGGUUUUGAUUCCUCUGAGUGUCGAAAUAUGCGUUGUUUUGCUAAAUAAACAUUCGUAUCUUUUAAUUUACGUAAACUUAGAAGAUUCCCAAAAUAAAGGGUCUUGACAGACAGACGGAUAACAAUGUGAUCAUUAUAGGUUCCGUUUUUCCUUUUGCGAUACGGAAUCGUAUAAAUGAAAAAUGAUUUUUCGCCUUAAACACAACUAAUGAUGUGCUUCUCGAUUUCUUGAAUAUUCUGUUUUCCAAAACGUUGCUAGAUAAACAGUAGCUAACUGAAGUCAAAUUUAAAAUUUACUACUACUAAUUACUAAAAUGCCAUUAAUAAAUGAAUAUAGCCAUUAUUAUUUUCACUACUUUUACCAACGAACAUACCUGACGUAUCAAAAGUGCCUAACCAAAUGUAGACUAAGCCCAAAUCCUUGAAAUAAAUAAAAUUAAAAUUCAGAGACACCGUCCUUAUGGUGGGAGUGCAAUGAACGGCACAUUUUUGUAGUCGAUAUAAGUAUAUAUAAAUGUAACGACCGAGUGCUACAUCUCUUAUGAUAUUUUAAUGCUGUAGCCCUCGAGGAGGCCGAAGGCUCACGACUUCUGGCGUAUGAUAUUGUAAGAUCUUACUAUUCGAUAUUCGUACAUAUUAAAUGGAAAUCUUUCAAA